AUGUACACUGUGGGGCUCCUAUUGCUAGGAAUUGUAUCAGUGUCGGUGAAGUGGAUGGUUCGUUCAGAGAAUGGGGGUCUCUUGAAUGUCAUAUUUCAAAUCAAGAGCCAAAAUCCAACUCACUUUCAACUUGCCCCAACAUCGGACUUUGAAUUUUACAAAAAUUUGAUUCUAUUCAAACCUCAAUCUCUCUCACUACUUGAUGCUAUUCCAGAGGAACUGGGGGGUGGGCAAAAGGGUGUGAAGCAUUCCCACGACAAUCCCAAUCUCGAGGCUAUUACUCUGUGGUUGACGAUCGGCUCUUUUUCGCUCCUUUGCAUUUCACUUUUCUUGGCGCUGAUGAGGCCUUGCUGUCGUAGUCACCAGGGGGAAGAGGAGGUGGACUCUGUGGAAUUGGCAAGACAAAGAAAUCAGUCCUCGAGAAAAAUUCUAAUUGGAGCAUCAAUUUGCAUCAUUCCUGGCCUACUAUGUCUCCUGUUCUUUUACUUCUCAAGUAUGAAUCUGCUGAUUGAGGCUCUGGGUACUAGCCCACGAAAUCAGACAAAUGGAUCAGAUUCCGUGUCUAUCGCCCUAUUUGAUCAAAAAUCCAAAGACUUAGCUGUUCAAGAAACAAUUAAGACCUUCAAAUUACCUUUAAUUCGUCAUCUGAUUCAAACAACAAUUAAUUCAUCCAGGAAUGGCAUUGAUGCAUCGGAAUGGCGUAAGAUGACACAUAUUUAUGACAACCUGAUGACGUCAUACUCUACAGUCCUGAGUUCUAUCGAUACCGUUGCAACAAACUUAGAACGCUGUAACAAUAGGAACUGUCCGAACACUAAGGUCAUGCUAAAGAAUCUACGUCAAAGACAAGAAAAAUAUUUUAAAAGUUUAUAUAAAUCCCAAGAGAACGCGGAAAAUUUGACAGAUGUCCAACGAAAAACUGUCGAUUACUUAAGAGGAACUUAUAGAUUAAUAUAUAAACUCGAAAAAUUUGCAUAUCACGUUGUGAACUCAACGCUGGAUCAGACUACAGAAAACGAGAUUAUAAGUGAUUUAGAUAGGAAAUGGAAGAAUUUCAGUACCUAUGCAAAUACAACUCUGCAGUACGCAAAUACUCACGUGGUCAAUUCGAUUAAAUCUGACUUCAAAAAAAUUGUCCCACCGGCCAAAACCACCUUGUACUCCAUUGGAGUACUUUUAGUGCUUACACUGUUGGUGUUCAUUGGUUUGGUAGUGAAUUCAAUUACACAGGCCUCACGAAUUCACAACGAGUCAGAAAAUGGACUCUAUUCAGAGACUGGAAAACAUGGUUGUUGUGUGGUCUACUGCCUUUCUGUGCUAUUUCUUCUGAUGAGUGUAGCAGUAUCCGUUGUGGUUGGCAUGAGUCUUUUCGGAUUGAGUGUGCUUUUAGGUGAAGGUUGUACGUACAUCAUGAAAGAAACAGGGUAUAACAAAACCGACCACAUAUUGAACGGACUUGGAGAUGACUACUGGGAGACACUAUUGAUGAAGUACUCGGACAAGUGGCUGAAUAAGUCAAUUUUCCCGCCUCCCAAGAACAUAAUCAGAGCUCUCUCGAAAGUUUGCAAAACUGAAAACGGAGAGAUUGAUAAAAGUCUGCUAUUUGCCCUGGGAUAUCGAAGUACUUCCAUCGACUUUAAAACUCUACUGUCCAAUCCGAAGGUGGACGAAAUGGUCAAAGGUCUUUGGGAUUUUAGUGAAGCGAGCAGGCAGAUAAUCACAACAGGCUUUGUCUUCAACCUCGACAAGUUUAUUACUUCACUUGAAUCACUAGACACAAUAGACCAACUUUUCAACAAGCAUAACAUGACUUCGCACAACAGUACCUUUUCAAUCACGCCUUCCGAGUCGCAACAACUUUUACACCAUUUCCAAGGAGAAGAAUUAAAUAAUCUUAACUCUACAAUUCAGUAUAUUAAUGCUAUGGCGAUAAUCAUGGAUGAAGAAAUUUCAAAAAUUAAAAUGGAAUUGAGAGAAACUUGGCCAGACGUUGAGAAGGUAUUGCAUGCAGUGUCGCACAACAGUACUUUUUCAAUCACGCCUUCCGAGUCGCAACAACUUUUAAACCAUAUCCGCGGACGAGAAGUAAAUAAUCUUAACUCUGCAAUUCAGUAUAUUAAUGCUAUGGCGAUAACGAUGGAUGAAGAAAUUUUAAAAAUUAAAAUGGAAUUGAGAGAAACUUGGCCAGACGUUGAGAAGGUAUUGCAUGCAGUUAGUGAAUUUCGCUCAUUGAUAGUAGAUACGAAGAAAUUGGAGAGGAAGUUCGAAGGAAUGUCUGACAAACUUGUGUUGGAAAUAAAACCCUGGUUGGUUGUUCAAGCCACAGCAUACCUAGACGAAUUUACAAAGAGGCUGAUUCCUUGUGGAGAAGCACAUAAAGCAUUCUACGUUGUCACUGAAGCAACCUGUGGUGAAACCGGUCUCCUACAUCGUUUCACGGCUUACGUUUGCAUUCUCGGUAUAAAUGUCUUCUGUCAAGCCCUCUUUGCCCUAAUAUUCCUCCUUCUUAACUCGUCCAAAACCAGGAGGGGAUGA